UCCAGACUUCCGGUCCACGUUCCUUCCAUGAUCUUCUACUUUAACCGACCUAACCCCUCUCCUUCUCUUGUCCCUCUCUCUAUAUAAGUACCGCAUCUUUUUCUCAUUCAACAUAUUCUUGUUUUUAAGCCGUCUCUAGCAAGUACAGAAUUUGGUUUUCUCUGCAGAUCUUUUAAGUUUUCCCUUUUUGAAGAACUCUGUUUCGUACAUAUCCGGAGAAAUGGCUCGUACGAAGCAAACUGCUCGCAAAUCAACCGGUGGAAAGGCUCCGAGGAAGCAGCUUGCAACCAAGGCUGCUAGAAAAUCCGCUCCAACUACUGGUGGAGUUAAGAAGCCCCAUCGAUACCGUCCUGGAACUGUGGCUCUUCGUGAAAUCAGAAAGUAUCAAAAGAGUACCGAGCUUUUGAUACGCAAAUUGCCCUUCCAGCGCCUUGUUCGUGAAAUCGCUCAAGAUUUUAAGACGGAUUUGAGGUUUCAGAGUCAUGCGGUGCUUGCGCUCCAGGAGGCUGCGGAGGCUUAUUUGGUGGGUCUUUUUGAAGAUACCAAUCUCUGCGCCAUUCACGCCAAGCGGGUAACAAUAAUGCCUAAAGACAUCCAGUUGGCUCGACGGAUCCGUGGUGAACGUGCAUAGAUAGGGAUAAUACCUUUUGUUAUAUUUGUAUAUCCUUCUAUUAAGGAUUUUGGUUCUUGUAUUUUCGACACUUUGCUUUAUAUAAUUUGAUAUAAGGAAUUAUUAAAAUCUAUGUAUUUACAUGAUUCAGUAGAAUUUCAUGUGAUUUCACAAUACUAUCUUUGCAAUCUGAUUAAUUUCUAAUUA